AUGCCUAUAUCUGACGAAACCAAAUGGAUUGCUACAGAGAUGGGAAAGGUAUUUCUCAGACCGUAUCCAUGGGCAUCCGAAGUUAAUACCAGAACGAAGGAGUCAAUCGAACUUGCUAAUAAAUACGUUAGCAAGUGUUCCAAGGUACUGAGAAUCAAACCUUCGACUGUGGAUAUAUCAGGCUCGGAUAAAGUCUCAUAUGGAGAAAAGUGUUUUCCAUCUGCGCCAGAAAUCUCUAAAUUGAUUUGGCUACGGCUUUUGGCGACGUGCAAACAGGGAGUGGGACCUCCACUCCAACAUCCUCUCAUGGCACACUUUAUUAGUCACGAAGCACAAGCCGAUGACCCAUGGUCCUUAGAAACUCGAGUUAUAACGCCAUUAAAAAUAUUGCACAUGCUUGGUGUCGAUAUCUUCGCAGACAAAUGUUUUGAUACUUGGAUAUUGGAAACUUUGUGGCAAAGAUUUAGAUUCAACGCUGUUGGUGGGCUGGGAGAGGACAAUGAAUACGAAUGCUGGGUCGAUGGCUCAUACGCAAUGUUUAAUCACAGUUGUGAAGAUCCGUCAAUGCUUUGUAUCCUACAUGCUGAUUCGGGCUUCAAAUUCCAAUGCCGUGCUGAAAGAGACAUCAAGAAAGGGGAAGAAGUAGGAGAGACGGCAGAUGCUUGA